AUGCACAAAACACGGAGUGCUGUGGGGAUACAUUCUUAUCACAGCGAUUUACAUAAACAAUCCUUACAAGAUGUUUUGACUACAAAUUCAACAGUGGCAUCAGAAUUGCAUGAUGCAAAUAAUUCAGUAAUUUAUGUGAACGGAUGUUGUUCUGGACUGACAAUGGACUUAUUAAUGGAAUUAAUGAAAGAUUUAAACUUCGAUGUUGAAAUGUAUGAAGUUAUGGAUGGCUUUUGGGGAGCUUGGACACCGGAUGGAUGGAAUGGUAUAAUACGUGAUCUAAUGGAUAAUAGAGCUGAUAUGGCAGUGACAUCAUUGAAAAUCACACCGAAUCGGUCGCAACAAAUUGAAUUUAGCGUACCCUUUUUGGAAACAGGUAUAGCAGUAACAGUAGCCUUAAGAGAAGGUGCUAUAGCACCGACAGCAUUUCUAAAACCGUAUGACUAUCAAUGUUGGUGUGUCAUUUUGGUAUUCAGUGUACAUGCGACAGGUGCAGCACUGUAUAUCUACGAAUGGUUUAGUCCGAAUGGAAUGAAUCGUGGAAGAUCGCCUGAUCAAACUGCAGUGAAUGCUGAUAAUCCAAGAGGGAUGGCUAGUCGCUUUAUGGCAAAUAUAUGGGCAUUAUUUGCUCUUGUAUUUUUGGCAUCAUACACUGCGAAUUUAGCUGCUUUCAUGAUUGCAAAAGAAGAUUACUUUGAAUUGAGUGGCAUAAAUGAUUGGCGUCUACAACAUCCAUGGAAUGUGAAGCCACCAUUUCGAUUUGCGACUAUUCCAAGUGGAGCGACAGAGGAGAAUAUCAAGAUCAAUUUUCCAGAAAUGCAUAAAUACAUGCGUAAAUUUAAUAAAUCCAGCGUUGAAGAAGGUCUUAGAGCAAUGAAAUCGGGGCAACUUGAUGCAUUUUUAUAUGAUGCAAAUGUAUUAGAUUAUUGGGCAAUGAAAGAUGAAGGUUGUAAAUUACGUACAGUUGGAAAUUUAUACGCAAUGACUGGUUAUGGAAUUGGUUUUACCAAGAGUAGUCGAUGGUUGACUAAAGUUAAUUCACGUAUACUGGAUUAUCAGAAAAAUGGUAAAUUGCAACGCUGGAAAAAAUUUUGGCAAACAGGUUCAUGUAAGAAAGACGCUGCAGUGGGAAAUGCCAAUAAGACAUUAGGAGUUAAAAAUUUCAUCAGUGCUUUCAUACUACUGGUUUGUGGAAUGCUUAUUUGUACUGUGUUUUUGCUGAUUGAAUACACAGUUUAUUGGUAUGCAAAACCUAAAUUAACGAAACUUAAUCAACAUGCUUGCUUUGGUCGAUUCACUUCGACUAUGAAGCAUGCACCACGACUGCCUGAACAAGUCAAUCUAUCAAAAAUGCAGACUGACAAAAUUAAAUGUGGUAAUCCAAUAUGCGACAUGAAGACAAAAAAUUAUCUUAAAGAGCUUCAAAUUCUACGAAUUCAACUAGAUAAACUUCAAGAAUCCUUGAAGAAGAAGAAUUCGUCAGUCAACCAACACAUGAACUCACUGGAAUACUAUUCUCGAGACAAAACAAUGGUAGUAAACCCAUCUGAAUAUCCACGAAAAAAGAAAAGGACUGACAGCGUGAAUCAUUAUCGACCAACCAAUUGUGAAGAACACGAAAGCAAUAUGCAUAAGUCCAGAAUAAAAAUCCAUUCAAGCACAAAAUCCCUUACUGACAACAGUGCAAAGACAGGUGGUAUAGAAAAGCUAUUCACCCCAAUAACUAUGACGACCACAACACCAACAGCAUCAGCAACAGCAGGAAAAACAUCAAGAAAAAACAUAAAUCAUUGGACAAAAUGCAAAAAUCCCAAUGUAACAAUUAUACCGAUUACUAAUCAACAUAAUAAACAUGAACAAUCAGAUAAUCAUCAUGAAUUGUCAACAAAUGGUACUGAGACGAAAUAUGUGAUCUUGCCUAAACUGGAUUCUUCGCCGAACAGGAGAAGACGAUUUAUUAAACCAGAAUCAAGAGGUUCAUAUUCCUUAUCACGUCACAGAGAUAUAAAUUAUGAUAUAAAUAGCAAUCCAAUAGCGGUAACACCUGCAACAACUAGUGUUACUAUAUCGCAUUCUGUUAUGCAAACAAUAAAUCAGAUUGACACAAAUGUUAAACCUGUACAGAAUGAUUUUACUAUUAAUUUCACAAAAAAUCAAACUGUUGGAUUUUCACUUAACACUGAAUUGAAAUUAUGCUCAUCUUUAACAAGUAUUCUAGGUACGGAGAGUGGAAAUCUAACAUUUACAGACUUAGAUCAACAACACCAACAGCAGAUUAAAAAAUGUUUAGUUGAAAAAGAAUCAGUCUUAUGA